AAUCAACUGAGAGAAUUUAAGAAGAAAAUAAACAAAAAUUCGGUUUAUUUUCUGUUCGACCGCUCUCAUUAGUACUCAGCGUAGUCAUAGCUUAACUAGUAUUUUGAGAUUAUUAAGCAAAAAUAGUGAAUAUUUAAAGCUAAUUAUUAAGUUUUGAUGUGUUGAACUUAUUUUGUUAUGAUUAAGAAUGUCUUUAAUAUUGAAGUAAACUAUUUUGAAUUUAAUUAAAUAAAUUUGUGCAUUUUAAAACAAAAUAAACCUGAAAAACUAUGUAUUCUCAGCAGUAUGAACCGCCAAAACAAUACUUUCGGAGCAGCAAAUCAAGAAGUUGCACGAAUGUUCCAGCUCUGGUGAUUUUUGUGCUUUUUAUUGGAGUUACUCUCUCAUUUGUAAUUUACUAUGGCAAAAGUGCAAAAUUCAAUCAACUACGACUGCCUAAAGAUGAUUGUGGCAACUUUUGUGGAGAACUCAAUGAUGAAAGCUCAUUAAGUGGAUUACCUGGAUGUUCUCCACAAGACAUGCAAAACCUACCAAAACUACUUAAAACAUCAAAUGAGAAAGAGAUGUGUGUCCAUCAAUGUCCCUCAAAUUACACAGAAAUCCUCGACAGAUGCAUUGAACCUGGACAGCAAAUCUCAGACAUCAAUGACAGAAUCGACGCUUUUAUCAAGUCAUGGCACUGGAUCUUAAUUACAUGCUUUGUAGCUUUUGUAUUUUCAUAUAUUUGCUUACUUCUUUACCGCUACUUUGCUAAAUAUGUCAUCUGGGUCAUCAACAUUGGAUUCAUCAUAUUCUCAUUGGCACUAGCAACAUUCUUCACAUUCUUCAUGGUGAAUUUUAAAAUGGGAAUCCCACUGUACAUUACUGGAUUUGGUUCCAUUGUUGUUUUGAUCAUUUUCAGAAAGGAAGUUGCUUUGGUUGCUAGAAUCUUUCAGGAAGCAUCAAUGGCACUAAUGGAUGUGCCAGCUAUCAUGUUCGAACCUAUUUUGACAUUCGUGUCCCUUCUCAUCUCAUUCACAAUCUUCAUCUUCUUCAUAAUCCUCAUCGGAGUCGCCAGCAAAACUGGACUUGACUACGGUCAGCACGGAUCUUCAAUAUUCUUCGCUCACUUGUUCAACAUCAUCGCUUUUAUCUGGUUCACACAAUUCAUCUUCGGAUGUCAGCAUUUCAUUAUUGCUGGGUGUGUCAGCAAGUGGUUCUUCAGUCGAGACAAAACUUUUCUUGGAUCGCCGAUUUCGAGGACUUUUGGGGAGCUGUUGAGCUAUCAUUUGGGGAGUAUAUGCUUGGGAUCGUUGCUGAUUACGAUUGUGAAGAUUAUUCAUAUGAUUGUGAAGGGAAUUAAGAAAGCAAUCGAAAAAGAGUCUGACAACUGUUGUGUCACGUGCAUGACUGGCUGCUGUGUCCAUAUUGUUGGAAUGCUUGAAAAGCUGAUUCAGUACCUUAUCCGCAAUGCCUACAUCAUCGUAGCACUUGAUGGAACUCCAUUCUUUGAAUCAGGACAGAGAGCAUUCAAAUUGAUUAAAAACAACUUGUCUCAUUGCUAUUCGGUCAAUCAGUUUGGGGAUAUUGUGCUGGUUGUUUGUAGGUUCUUGGUUACUUUGAUUGCUGGAUUCGUAGGGUACGAGAUUAUGGGUCGGCCAGGUCUGCAUGAACCAAUGUUCGCUCCAUUCAUAGUUGCUGUCUUAUUCUCUCUACUCAUCGCUCACUGCUUUGUCACAGUCUUUGAGAUGACAGUUGAUACUGUCUUUAUCUGCUGUUGCAUUGAUGUUCAGGAAAAUGAUGGAAGAACUAAGCCUUACUUUAUGUCUGACAAGUUAAAGAGGAUUAUGGAUAAGUUCAAUGACAAAGAUGAUACAAUUGUUGGUGAUGCUCAGGAGAGUGUUCCGAUGCAAUCUCAAGCUAACUAUGAACAAGGUCCACAGCAAUCACUUUAUGUCCCACCUGCUGGUUAUCCAGAUCCAACAAUAACUCAGCAACCAGGUUAUGGACAACAACCAUUAGAUCAAAUUCCUCAGCAACUUCCAGUAAGUCAACAACAAGGAUACAUUGAUCCUUCAGUUCCUCAGCAGCCAAUAAGAAAAACCCCAGAACCACAAGGUCCAUAUGUACAACCACAGACUUAUGGAUAUCCACAAACCAAUGAAUUUCAUCAAAGUACAAAAUAUCCACAAAUUUAUGACAAUCAGCAGCCGUACGUCCAGCCACAGCAACCAUUUCAACAAGCUCCGUAUCAGGCACAGCAAGUGUAUCCAACACAAAGUCAAUUUGAUUAUUCUCAACAGAGCUACCCACAAGGUCAGGUGCCGUAUCCUGCUCAAAGUCAAGCACCAUAUCCUCAACAAGGUCAAGCUCCAUAUCCUCAACAGCAAGGUUAUGGUCAGCAAGCUGUAUAUGGAGCUGGUUAUCCACAACAAGGUUACCAAAACUAUUAGAAUUGAUUAAGUGUUUAAAUGUUAACCUAGUCUGACUAGCUAGGAACUCCUUAAUAAAUGUUGAGCUUAAUUUGAAAAUUGCAAACGAUAUUUUGAAUGUUUUCCCGCCAAAACUAAGGAAUGAGAUUCGUGAAAACUGCUCUCAAAGUUGUGCAAACGAAAUUUUCAUUCUCUUCGUGUAAAGACACAAGAAGCAUAUGUUCAAAAAGUAUUAAUGUGUGAGUGCUGGGAAAUGUUCACAGUUAGUACGGAUGUCGAGUCAAUAAAAUGUUUUUCUGGUCA